GGUUUCUACUUUGUUAAACAUUUAACUGAGAUCCUCUUUGAGUCAUUUCCUUUAGAAAGCAAAUGGACGAACAAAGCAUAACAGUCUGCUCUGACUAUGCCUGUAUUCCAGGUACUUUUGCAUUCGCCCCCCCGGAGUGGUUCAGCAGUAGGAAGUAUAGACCUUCUCCGACCACGGUUUGGCAGCUGGGAACCAUCCUGUAUCGCAUGCUGCACAGGUGUCACUUUGACACCAGACGUUUUACACGGGGCCUCAUUAAGUUCAACAAAGACAUUUCGCAAGAGUGCCUGAAUUUUCUGCAUCUGUGUUUGGAGGAGGACAGUAGCAGACGAGCCACCCUGGAGGAUCUGCGUGUUCAUUCCUGGCUCCUGUGACUGAGCCUCGUCCCUCAGGGAUU